UUUAUAAAACAAGCAUUUAUUUUCACUAAAUCAAUUCAAUUCCCCAAGAGUAGUUCCAGUUCUUUUAUUAUAUAAAGAAUAUAAUUAAUUCUUUACAAAUAAUACGAGAAAAUACAAAAUUCUAACUACAUACCUUCAGCUUAUCAUGCUUAAUAGUACUAAGUAAUUAACUCUGAUCAACUCUGAUCAUGCUGAUCAAAGUAAUGUUUAGUAAAUAAAAAAACUAUUUAUUAAACAAUCUUCUUUCUAAAUAUAAAAUUUUAUUCGAACUUUAAUCCAAAUGAACAUAUUCUGUCAUCUACUCACUUUUGUAUCACACUUUUUUCUUACAUAUACAAAUUUUUUAGGUCAUAUAUGUUAGUGAUAGAAAAUCUUAUAUAGUCACCAACUUUUUUUUUUUUUUGAAACACUGUUUUUUUGAAACACAUAGUCACCAACUUUUCAUUAUACCAUAUUAAUACUUGAAUAACUGAUUUUAGUGUGAGAAAUCAAAUUUUCAAGCUUAAAAGAAUAAUAUUGAAUAACUGGUUUUCUAAAUUUUGCAAAGCUUCUAUUUGGUCCCCAUCUGUGUAUAUAUAACUCAACACCUUCCACACUAUUUUCUAUAUCUCCCCCACAUACAAAACCUAAAAUCUCUUUUGCUUAAGUUCUUUUCUUGGUAAAGUAAAAGUUCACUCUCUCUCUCUAGAUCACUGUAUUCUUCCGAUCUAUUCUUCAUCUUGAUCUUGAAAUGGAGCAACCGCAACAUCAUCACCAUCACCAUCAACAAACCGACCAAGAGAGCGGUAACAACAAUAAGUCCGGCUCUGGUGGUUACCCAUGUCGCCAAACGAGCACAAGAUGGACACCAACGACGGAGCAGAUCAGAAUCCUCAAAGAUCUCUACUACAACAACGGAGUUCGGUCACCAACAGCCGACCAGAUCCAGAAGAUCUCUGCACGGCUGAGACAGUACGGAAAGAUCGAGGGUAAGAACGUCUUUUACUGGUUCCAGAACCAUAAGGCUCGCGAGCGACAGAAGAAGAGAUUCAACGGCACAACCAUGACCACACCAACAACUUCAUCCCCCAACUCGGUUAUGAUGGCCAACGACCAUUAUCAUCAUAACCAUCAUCCUCUUCUUCAGCACCAUCAUCAUGGUGUUACCAUGCAUAGGCCUGCUUCGGUCAAUAUUAAGCUUGACCAAGAAAAUCAUCUCCUUCAUCAGAACAUAUCUUAUCCCAACUUUCAGAACGGGAAUUUAAAUCAUGCAAGUUCAGGCGCUGAAUAUGGUGCUCUUAAUGCUUCUUCUAAUGGCUACAUGAGUAGCCAUCUCUAUGGAUCUAUGGAACAAGAUUAUUCAGUGAGCUACAACAACGUAAGUGGAGGAUGGACAAACAUGGAUCAUAAUCAUCAUUACUCAGCUCCAGCUUACAACUUCUUCGAUAGACCAAAGCCUCUGUCUGGACUGGAAGAUCAUGAAGAAGAAGAAUAUGGUGGCGAUGCUUAUCUGGAACAUAGUCGUACACUUUCCCUCUUCCCUAUGCACGGUGAGGAUAACAUCAACGGCGGUGGUGGUGCCUUUUUGAAGUACGGACAAUCGGACGGUCGUGAUUAUUAUGGUAGAGGCUCUUGUGCUUCUCUCAAGUUAUGUUUAAACUCCUACGCAGGCGUCUCACCGGAUUAAACUCCCUUUCGCCAUCUUUAUCUCUCUCUCUUAUGUUUCGCUGCUGACUAAUGAUGCAAUAAUCAUCUAAUAAUGAUAUAUCUCGUACGUAGUUUAGUUAUUUGUAAUUACUAAUAUCGCCUCCCCCGGUUAAGCUUUCAUUGAGUGCGUUUUUCUCCUUUUCUUUUUAAUGUAAGACGUUAAACUUUUAUUACUAUGAACCUGGAGUCUAUUUCAAUAGAUAUAAGUAUUUACAAAUAAGAACUUCAAAAAGAUCCGGAGGCAUGAAACAAACGGCAGAUAUGUAUUUCAACGAGAUCAUGCAUCACAUGAUUUUAUUCAUUAUAGGCAUAUUUCGUUAUGUUAAAAUGGGCUAACCUAACAUGGUUAAUCUUAACUCUUAACCAUGUAUCAAUUUUUUUAACCCUAACCCUGAUUUUUGAGACACGGCAAAAAUAGGACUAAACAUAAUUAGUCCAUGAGCUGUACAGAGUUAAGUUUUAGCCUGUUGAUUUUGCUUCACACCAUUUUAUAUAAUAUUUUAUGCAUAUUAAAUUUUAAAAUUUGUUUGAUUAUUCAAAACAGAGUUUUCCUCACAAAACCAUUAAAUGAAAUUUUCACCCCAGAACUGCAACACUCUAGUUUUUGCCAAAACAACAAAAACCUAGUUUUUUUCACUAAAACUGUAAAAUCGAUUUUUUUUCGACAAAAUGCAAAAUAUUGUUUUCUUUCCAAAUCAAAAUUUUAUAUUAAACCAUAAAAUCAUUUUUUUACCAAAACUGUAAAAUUGAAUUUUUUUCUGUAUAAACCACAAAAUUACGUUAUCAAAUUUUUUACCAAAAUCACAAAAAAAGUUUUUCCAACUAAAACGAAUUUUUCUACCAAAACUGUAAAAUUACUAUAUUUAUCUAACUCACAAGUUAAUAUUGUUUAUUUGUAUUUUUGAAAUAUUAUGAAAUAAGUUAACCGUGGCUUAGCCCAUUCAUGUAUAAACUAUUAAGAGUAAAAGUAUAGGUUAGUGCUAGAAUAGGGUUGGGCUUAAAUCCCAUAUAUAACAUCCUAGGCAUAUUACAAUCUAAUAAUGCUUUGCUAAAUCAUGUAAACGACACCUGUUAGACUAUCUCCAGCCUAUUUUUAUAUAUAGAUCUUUAAAUUAGAGGAAAAAAUAGAAAUGAAGUUUUUACUUCAAUAUAUUCCAUCUAUAAUAGAAGAUUGUUACAUUUGCUUCUAUUAUAGAAGAACACAUUAGAACAAAAACUUAUUUUUAUUUUUUCUUCUAUGUUAGAGAUCUUUAUUAUAAAUAGGAGCUGGAGUGCUUUUAGGGCUUGCUCUCUUAGCCAGAUCCUUGUAUCUUAUAAUCGUGAUCAAUGAUCGUUUUUGUUAUGUCGUAUGAAUUAAACCUUCACAUUUAAUCUGUUUCAUCCCGUUUUUUCUUAGUUAUGUCAUAUACCGGUUUAUUUAGUGAAAGCAAAGUACAUAUAUGAACUUGAUUGUCUUCAUUACUUUUAUAUUUAUACUAAAUAGGAAAUGAAGGUAAAUCAUAUAUAAGAAAAUUUGAUGAUAUAAAGAUUUAUGAUCCUUUGAAAUUAAAAUUGUGUAGUUGUGUCAGUUUUGUAUUUAAUCGUAACUAUACAUGUAGAUGAUUAGAUGAAGCUUUUGGAUCUCGUAUGCCCUUGAAUUGUUCGAAAAUAAUGUUGGUGAAGCAUGCUUUUUUUCCCCUUAUGUUUUUGUCCUUAUCGUAAAAACGGAAAGUUAAUGAUGCUAAUCAAUGAUUUGUCACCAAACUGUCUCAUUUUAAUUCAGUUUAUAACUUCAUCGAGUGUAUGUAUAUACAUGAUCACUGUUUCACUUCAGUUAUUUAAUGGAUUACUUUAUUUUAUUUUUUUGUCGAAAUGUUAAUUACUUUAUUCUUAAAACAUAGGGUUUCUUCGAGCUGCGUGAACUAAGAUGACGCCAGUAAGAAUAAUGAUUCUGAUUAGUUACUUUUUGUCAUAAAACUUGUUUAAAAAUAGUAUCAAAUAUCAAUAUCAUAUUCUUCGUAGAAACUAAAGAAUCAAGAUAGUUGUGUUGCUAAAUUAGGAGAAGAACUUCACUUUCCUCACAUUUUUGUUGUCUCCCUAACCCAUGAUUUAAAUGGAGAUUUAGCUAUUUUUUAGCAGGAUACUGUGUAGUUUUCCAUUCUUUCCUACAUUUUAUCACACUGAUGUAUAUAUUGAUGAUGGAACUAAUAAAUUUUGUCUUAACUGUAUUUAUGGGCAUCCAAACCGGACCAUUAGUCAAAGACAAUGGAGUAGAAUGAUAAAUUUGCUCAGAAUGGAUUAUUACCGAAGGUAUCCAAGAGUGGUUUUAGGAGAUUUCAACAACAUUGUUUAUGGGCACUUAGUUGACAUUUAUAGCCAUAUACUAUCAGUUUUUCCUAAGUUUUUGAGAUAUAGUCUAAAAACAGAUUACUUAUCGCAUAAACAAAUUUAUUAAAGUCAAUAAAACGUUCAAGCGGGCUAAAACACCAUUAAAACGAAAAAGACAUAAAUCAUUACAAGGAAGUUAAACUGCUAAUAUCUUUGGUCAAUCCUUUUCUCAGUAGCUGGUCAAUAUCUUGGUAAUCGUUGUUUUCCUGAACUAGGUCUUUGACCAUAGUCUUUUCUUGAAGAUCCUUGGUUUGAGCCAACUUUAAUCUGAUUUGCUGAUCAGUACUAGCACGAGUCUGAGUUGGAACCUCUACAAUCAUAGUACGUGAUAAAGGAGAUAAAGCGAAUCACCAUCUUCAAGAUCAUCAACCUCCAUCUCCUCAUAUUCCGUAUCAUAUUUGGCUUCAUCUCGACUCAGUUGGUCCAUCACCUCCUUCUAAACUCCAAGGCCCUUAGUAAUCAUCUUGUCAAGGCAUUUUUUCGUACCUCGAGCCUAACUAAGAAGGAUAAUUUUUUUUGUGCACAACUUGUUGAUUGGCCAUGUACAUGCGAAGCUUUCCGAAAACAAGCUACCAAUUUUGAUCUCAUUUCGGCUUAAACGCAUUGUUUUGCCAAAGCGACCUCCUUCUCCCGGGUUUUUCUCAGACGGGCUUGUUCAAUAUUCAGACUCGGUGCAAGUUCAUCCUUUUUGGCAACCAACUUCACCACCGUCGCCGUAGAAGCCCCCAGGGCCUUUGGCUUUUCGUAGUUUGCAAGUUUCUUCGUUGCCGGCCUAAGCUUAGUAACACCUCAGUUCUUCUCGGUUACUUUCUUUACAGCUCUUUCAGAAAAAUCCUAGAUUGCUACUCCAAUCGUAUAUGACUUCAAGCCGGGUUACUCGGAGUGCACUGGAAAUCCCAUCGCCGAAGCCAUAGUGCUAAAACUGAGAAUAUACCACAAUUCAAAUGGAUUUUUUUGAAGAAUACCCAUACCGGAGCAUGAACAAGCUUCAUCUCAGAUAAUUUAAUUGAAGGAUGCCAAAUCAUAGCUGCGAAAGAACAAUCGGCUGAAUGCUAUAAACCCACGUCAUUUGACGAGUAACUGUGCAAGGAAUAAAAAUCAAACACGACGGCUGAGAAUGUUGCUUAACUGAAAUGUUUCCAUUCUUCCCCCAUAUAUGAUUUAGACCAGCGAAGAUUUUUGCUGGAGAUAGAGGUCAACCAUGAAAAAGGGCACCAAAUGAUUUUUCCAAACUGUAGAAGAAACGAGAGUUAUUGUGUCUAAAGCUUUGAUAGACGGGAUUCCAUCGAGAGAGGCAAACGGUGAAGCCACUCUAACCAAACGUUGGAAGGCCGAUUUCACCUUAGUAACCCAAGAAUCCGAUGGUUUCACAGUCUGCGCAACAACUACAUGGACCACGCUGUCAAACCACGAAUCUCUGCUCCUGGAGGAGAAACAAGAGGUUGUUGCCCGCCUCUGACCAAAAAACAGACAGAUGAAAGGAAAAAUUGGGACCUGACGAAGGGUGGAGGGAGAGCAGAUCGGGACUAAAUGAUGACAAUCCUAUCCCAUAUUAUUAGCUUAAUUAGAAAAUACGACAUGCAUAGCCCAAAGUUCGUAUGACUUAAUGAUGCUAACAAAAUCUGAUAAUAAAACAUCUUUUAUUUCUGAUUUAUAAGAGCUAAAUCUUAUCACCGUUUGUCAUUGAAAACUUGGCUAGUAAUGUCUACGGAUAUUCUAUUCAAACGGGCUUGUGGUUGUUUUGGAGGAAACUCAUACUCCGCCGGCUGAAUGACAUGAUGGAUCGAGGGUGAAGUGAGAAGUCUAUGCUCAACCCUGUCUUCGGUCCCUUGAUUUUGUGGUUUAUGUCAAGUCUUUAGUUGGAUUGUUUCUUAAUUCAGUUUUUAUCUAGUCUUUAUUGAUGUGUUUGUGAUUAUUUAUUUGAUUAUUAUUUCUAUAAAAAAAUUCUUGUUGGGUUAAAGUCUCUGGGGAUAAUUUGUAUACCAAUUUUCAAUUUAUGUGGUUGUUUUUUAACCGUUGGAUUUUUAUGAUAACCUUUCGAUUUAGGAGGACUUCAUCUCUAAAACCUCAUAACAAAACCCUUUCAUCUUUUUUUUUUCUUAAACAAAAAAAUAAAAAAGUAUUGUGGGCUUUAGAAAUAAACUGGGCUUAGCUUCCGGGCCCAUUAAAUAGAAAUGGAAAACUAAUAAAUUGGUGAACACAACAAGCAGGCGAUCUCAUGAACUGUGUCUGAGUUCACAAAACUCAUUACUCAAAAGAAGUCACAGAGAAGAG